GCAUAUGUGCUCAUAUGUGUAUUGCAUGCUGCAUUCAGUCUCAGUCGUGUGAUAAAAGGCUAGGAAAAUAGUAUGGUAAUAAACCAAUAUGGGAAGUGGAGACACGGCAACUGUAAUAAAUAAAAUAUCGAGUGACAGUAGUAAUGAAAUUAUCGAAGAGUACGGUCCGAAUCUAAGAGUCUUACCAACAAAUAACCAGGUCAAAGAAUUGCAAACUAUAUUACGUGACAAGAACACAACGAGAAGCGAUUUUAAAUUCUACGCAGACCGUUUGAUCAGACUUGUGAUAGAAGAAAGUCUCAAUCAAUUACCAUUUUCAAAAUGCUCAGUGACAACUCCGACAGGUGCCAAGUACAAGGGACUCAAAUAUCAAAAAGGCAAUUGCGGUGUGUCUAUAGUUAGGAGUGGCGAAGCUAUGGAACAGGGUCUCAGGGACUGUUGCCGUAGUAUAAGAAUUGGUAAAAUAUUGGUCGAAAGUGAUGUUGACACUCAUGAGGCCAAAGUUGUCUAUGCUAAAUUUCCAGACGAUAUAGCUGAAAGAAAGGUUCUUUUAAUGUAUCCGAUAAUGAGUACCGGAAAUACUGUGAUAAAAGCGAUAGCUGUAUUAAAAGAACAUAACGUGUUGGAGGAAAACAUCAUCCUCUCUAAUUUAUUCUGUACACCGUUUGCUGCCAAAACUCUAGUCACUGCCUUCCCUAAGGUAUGUAAUUUACGUCAAUUAUAGGCACAGAUGAAGAUCUUGUCCUCGGAAAUUCACCACGUCGCGCCGAAUCACUUUGGGCAAAAGUACUUUGGUACGGAUUGAACUGAUUAAAACUAUCCUACAGUGAACGUAGUUCUUAAGUUUGGAAAAAAAAAGAAAAAAAUGAGAAAAGAAAAACAAAAAAUUAAAAAACAUGCAAAGACUAGACUUAAUAAUAGACAAAAUGAACUACUGGUGGCUAGAAUGAUAACUGACUGGUACGAAAUUUAGCUUCAAUAAUCGAUACAGUGCUACCUCAAAAGAGUUUGCUGAAUUAAAAUUUUUUACUGCUUUACUGAGAUCAAUCUAAAACUGAUUGAAUCCGAUCAAUUAUUUGAACAGCUUAUUUUGUCACAUAUUUGCCCUGGUAGUUUCAUUUCCGUCGAGAAAGAUAGAACAGUAUAUAUUUUGCACUAUUUUUUGUCAGUGGUUAUGAUCAUGUGAUAGAUAUUAAAUAUCUAAGAUCAUGGUACCUUAUCAGGACCAUCAUUGAUUAAUUAUUAUCCCGCUUACGGUCGUUAGGUGCUCGAAUUUUUUACAAUCUAUUAUGAUCACUUGUAUAAAGUAAGAGAAGAGUAUCUCGUUUAGUAUUAAAGAAUGAGAUUUCCAUGUAUAAGUGGGGAUAACGCAAGACAUUGCUACGCUAUUUCCUCGGUUAUUUUAUUUCGUGAUAAGUUUCACAAAAAUUUUUACUUUUUGUUAACUUGAGUUCGUCAAGAGUCGAGAAUUCGAGUCAAUAGACGGCUCUACUAAAGCAAACAUUCGUUCUUGAGUAUCACAUAAAUAUUAUAAUUUCACCAAAUGUUGGUAGCUAUACACAGCAAUUUUAUGUGAUUGAAAAAUAAGAGUACGUUCUUGAAUUAUGCCUCAAUAAUUUUUUUUUUUUUUUUUAAUGGGCGUAUCACAUUGUAAACCAAUGCAAAGAUAAAUCUAUUACAAUAGCAUGAAGUUGGAACAAUUUCACGUAAUAUUUGAGCUGGUACAGUUGCACAAAUUUUGAAAUAUAAUUUGAACAACUGCAUUCUCUAAAAAUUUUCCAACAUCACAAACUUUUGUUAUUCGAAACGAAAGUAGUAAAACAAAAAAAAUUUCCAAAGUUGAGAUACUUUAAAUCACGAAAUGUCUCAAAUUUUCGAGAUGGUCUCUAGCGAGUUACCCUCCAAUACCCUACAAAAUAACCUCAUUUUUUUUAUUUUUAAUAUAAAUGCACAGGUUGUCUACAAUGUAAAUACUUUGAAUUUUUCAAUUUAAAGAAGAAAUUUUGCUAAAUUUUUAUUUUACAAAUAUUUAUACGAUAUAUGUAUUGCCUUAUCCUCCUGUUAUGGAAAACCUUAUGUCAUUCGACUUAAUAAUUUUUUAAUGUUUAAUAUUUAUUAGCUACGGUUAUAAUUUUGCUUUACUUUUAUUGUUUAUGUACCCAAAAAAUAUUUGCAUAAUCUCUUAUAGAGAGAAUAAAAAUUUGUCAGGAUUAAUUUAUUAAAAGAUAAGAGAAAUUUAGAAUAUUGCUUUUGAAGAAGGUUUAGUUUUCUUUUAAGCGUUAAAGUACUUUCAGUAUAAUACCCAUUGAUACUGUCACAUCGAAUCAGUUUCUCUUCACACACGUGAUACAUUGCUUAUCAUAUGCAUAAUUUCCUAAUAGAUUAUCCACCUAAAUAGGUACCUUCAAACGUAACUUAGUAAAUUACAUAUCCACUUUGUUUGCAGAAUUAUUUUUUUCCCUUUACAUAGAUUAAGUAAAAACUUUGAUUACUUUGUAGCUAUUCACUAUUGAUUAUUAUAUGAAAAGUACACAUACUUAAGAACUUGUCGAUCGAUACUAAAUGUCUGCAAUCUCAUAAAAACGUAAAUUGUAUUAUUAAUAUUGAAUUAAUAUUGAUAUUUAUGAAAAUUUUCGAAAAAAAAAAUAACCAAAAAAACUAUGAAAGCGACAUAUCUAAUUUAUGAAAACUACUUCAAAGACUCUUUUGACUGAUUACCGCAUUUAAUUCGAUUUUCUUUUAAUUUCUUCUAAUCUCCUAUUUUUUUCAGAGCUGGCAUUAUUUAUUAUACGUCUUGUUCAAAUAUUAAGUAUUUUCAUCAUCUUUGCCACCAACUUUUUCUAAAUUUAUUAAAUGUACAAACGAGUUUUAAAUAUGACCCCCAAGUGAAAAUCAGGGAAAAAUGUCGAUUUUUAGUUCACAUAGUACGUCUUAGUCUUUUCAUAGCCCUCGUUACCCCUCUUGUUGGAUGCUGCAAGUUCUGUAGUAUUGUUUACAAUAACUGAUUCUUUCCAGUAUAGCUAGCUCUGAUGAACGUAUUUUUUUUAUUUUUAAUGAUAAAACACGCGCAAUGCAUAAUAUUUGUAUCACUUUUACCCAUACUUAUGAUGUGUUAGCGUAUUGCAUAUGUCUCUAAGGAUUAAGGAUAUUUUUAUUUAUUCAAAAUGUAUUUCGUACUAAGCCUGUCCGUACUUAUUCAAUAAUCAUCUAUACUUUGUUAAGAUGAUUUAAAAUGAUGCAAAUGUACAAUGACUUUUGCGUGAUUAUACUACGCAUUAUUCUUCAAACUACCGAUAACAUUGAUAAGACUUUUUACACGUCUAAUCAUUUUUGCACAGAAAUUAUCGGACACGUCCAAUUCUUUUAGCUAUUACUACACUUUUACAAAUUAUAGAUAAAGCCACUUCGACAAAUAUGAUAAUCAGUAUCGCUAAAUUGAUAACAAUGAAAAAUCAUGAUUCGAAGUUUAUUGCACACACACUUCCAAGUAAUUCUUUGAUUUCCAUUCAAUUCUUUGUCUCCACAAAAUUAAAAUAUCAAAUUGUAUAAAUCGGUAAAAGGAUUGUACAUUUGCAUUACGUGUCACUUGAAAAGUCUAAUUUCAUUCAAUGAGCUGAAAGGGAAAAUAUUGAAACACCUGAGGCAUGUAAACGUGCACACUUGUAGAAAAUACAAGAAAAAUAUGAAAGAAACAAACUUAUUGUGACUGCCUUCUAAUAAAUACAAAGAAUUUGAAAAGAUCUUAUUUUAUUUAUGAUUUUUUAUUCAAAUUAGCGUAUUUUCAUAUGCAUUAGCAUUCAUUUCCCGUUACGUAUGUACCCAUAAAUUCGGCUAUAAUAUACAUUAGUUAAUUGAAGAUUCGCCUAGUCAUCAGUCAGUUUAAUAAUUGCCAUUCUAGUAUUUGCUAUGUAACGAAAUGUAUAUGGUGAAAAUCGUUUCGACAAUUGUUUCUUGUAGUAAGUCAGUAUCAUUGAGGCGGUAGUAGAGAAACUCAUAUUCAGUCAGUGGCCAUCCCGAUUUUGAUUAUGCCAUUUCAAGUCUUUAAGUAAUUUUGAAAGUAGUACAAUGUGUUGGGUAUAAUCCUGAAUGGAAAAACACCGCCUAAUAUAUAUUUAUUGAUUAUCCAAGAUAUCGUACUACAAAAUCCAGAUUUUAACAUUUUCCCUCGAGAUAUCUCAGCAUGUAGACUCGUAUCUUAAAUUCACUGUCCAGUCGAUAUUUAUACAUUACAUAUAGGAAAUAUGCAACACUCUGGAAGAAAAAAAUACUUAUGUAAAAAAUUUUUUAAAACCAAAAUAAGGUCAUGGAUUUUUUUUAGUAUUUUCACACGUUAAACUUUAAGAUGUCAUGCCAAGACCGUAAAAAUUGUCCAAAAUCUUGAUGCAGGAAAGAAACGUUCAAAAUUGUUGUUUUCAGGCUGUUCAUACCAUGGUGUGACGGGCCCUCCUAAUGCACCAAUGAAAAAUGUUUGAGGAAUCGAUUUGAAACAUCUAAUAUUUCCCUGAGAAAUUAAGAAAAAAAAAUAUGGGGAUAGGUCAUUAUCGGAUAUCAUUCCGAGUUGGUCACAAUACAAUGUUGAUAUAACAUUAAAGAUAUACAUAUAGCCUUAAUGGAUUGCAUAUAUAUAUACCUAUAUAUAUAUAUAUAUACAUCAUUUCUGAAUACGUUCUUAGCAUAUAGAUAUAUUUAAUGUAAUGGCGAAUAAAUUCAAUGUAUCAGUUAUUUACCAAGUGUACAAAAUAUGAAUAACAAGCAUUUGUGAUUUACAAAUCAAGAUACCGUAUUAUUCCAAAUAUAAGUCAACCCAUAGUUUCAGUAUACAUUUCAGACCUUUUUUGGUACUGAACAUAAGUCGACUUUUAUGACAAAAUUGAUAUGACAAAAGUAUGUCUACAUACAAACUUAAAAACUGCAAUUUUUUUAAGUAGAUACAUUCAUCAAUGGAACUUAGAUAGAUGAAAACAUCACAGCAUUAAUUCCAUUGGUCUAAUUUUGUGAUUGAACUGUUCAUAAAAUAGAAUUCCAGUCUGUAAGGCAAAUUUCGUUAAAGUCCCGAAUACAAGUCGAGGACGAUUUGGACAAUUUGGGGGUCAUGUCUGCAAACAAAAACUUCGACUUAUAUUUGGAACAAUACGGCAAACAUUUUAUGAGCUAUCAAUAUAGUAUAUAUGUAUUAUUUUUCUUACAUGAUAUAUUUUGAUAGUAUCAACAUGUAGUUUAUACAUACCUAUAGUAUUAUUAUAGAUCGUAGACCAAAUGUAUUUACAUCAUUUUCUACUAAGCAAUCAAUUCGCAUAAGUAUAGUAACAUCAGAUUGACUCAAUCGAACAAUCGGUACAGUAUGGGGUCUUAACUGCUUGAGGUAAAUGUACACGUCGACGUAAUUUUAGCACCAAAACUGUAUAAACGUUUACUCUAAAUGAAAAAGUACCAAAAAUUUUUCUUAAUUUUACAAAAACUUGAAUAAAACACAAAAUAAAUGUAUAAAUUAAUUUAAAAAUUCAUGUGAUGAAAAAUUGUAUGUUUUAUUAAAUUUUUUUUGGGAUCAAACACCACUCGACUUUGAACGAAAUAUUUGAAUACUAAAUAAAUAACAUGUUAUGUUAAUUUUUACUCUUUUUAAAUCAUACAUGAAAUAGAAAGUGGCCUUCAAAUUGUUCCAAGUAAAUAAACUCUGAGCAACGCAUAGGCCAAUCUCGUGAAAUUCUUAAUCGUGUGUGUAAUGAAUAUAUCAAUGACACCAUCAACUAAAUACAUGCUGAUUGCGUAUCGAAUAUAUUUUGUACAAAUUGAUGUUUAUGUAUAUAUUAUAAUGUCCUAUGAAAUAUGAAGGAUCUAAUGUUUAAAAAGAAAAUUUCAAACUUGGAAGCCAUGGACUGAAAUUUUUAGCGUUUCAUAAAAUUUUGAUAUUGCACAAGCGGAAAAAAGUACAAACGUUAAUAAGCUCUGCAGUUACAAUGAUUUUAGAGUCACAUGGAAGUGAAAAGAAAGGGGGAAAAAACCAUAAUAAAAAAUUGGCAACUACCUAAUUUGCAAGUAUAUGAAACACCAUAAUUUAUGUAAUCCAAUGAACGAAAUGUCUUGACGCGCAAGUCACGUGAAGAACACAUAUUUGUAACUGUGAAAUAGGCCUUAAAAAAUUUUGAAUGAAUGACAAAAUA